AUGCGUGCGCUUUUUUGCACCCUUUUCGGGGCGGUUUUCUCCCAGCGCCUGGCUGUUGGAGUCGGAAAAGGGGACAUAACAGGGCCCGUGGUGCAGGUGGCAAUGAUGGGUUACGCGGACCCAAGGCAGAAGUCCACGGGUUAUCACUCACGACUUUUCGCGCGAUGCUUUUGGGCGCAAAACGUCGGCGAAGAAGGCUUCGUCUUUUGCUCUCUCGACAACGGCAUGGGCGCUCUUCGCCACAAACGAAAAGUGAUCGAAGCCCUUGAAGCCGAAAACAUCUCGUUGAAGAUGGAACAACUCAUCAUCAGCGGCACGCACACUCAUUCUGGCCCAGCGGGGUAUUUUGAAUACUUUACGUUUCAAAUUCCAUCGGCUGGAUUUAUCCAGGAUACUGAAGAUUCCAUGGUAGAGGGAACUGUUAACGCGAUAAAAAUGGCCUAUAGAGAUGCCUCCGAUCAGAUUUUGGGGCUUAAAAGCUUCAGGAACAUCAAGUUAAACCACGGCCAACUUUUCGACGCAAAUCUCAACCGAAGCCCUUCAUCCUAUCUCAAAAACCCUCAAUCGUUAAUCGACCAGUACCCAGAAGGAGAUACAGACAAGAACAUGACACUCAUCGGCUUCUACGACUCCCAGUCCGAAGAACUCGUUGGCUCAUUCAAUUGGUUUGCCGUCCACCCGGUCGCGAUGAACAAGUCAAAUACGCUGAUAAAUGGCUGUGUCAAGGGUUGGCCGAGCAAAAUGAUGGAAUAUGAAUAUGGAGAGGGAUUUGUUGGAGCUUUCGCAGCGACGAAUCUUGGCGAUGUCAGCCCGAACACUGAUGGGCACAAAUGCCACUACAAAGGAGAAAGAAUCCCAAUCGGCGCGUACGAAGGAAUGGACUGCGAAUUCGAGCAUUCCCUUUGCCCAGUCUCCCUUCCUUUCGUCGGUCAAAUUUUCGAUGGCUACAGUAAUCAGCACUGCUACACGAUGGGCAAAUACAACGGUCCCCUCUUUAUCAAUGAUGAGCCUAAUGACAAGCAUGAUAUGAAGGCGCAGACAGACAACAUCAGCAAAUUCCAGUUUCAGAAAGCAAAAGACCUCCUAUCCUCUCCGAUGACAAGCAUUGGCUCUACGGUUUCCUAUCAACAUCGCUUUAUCAACAUGGCGAAAUGGCAAUCUGCAGAAGAUCCGUCUGUCAAAACAUGCACCCCUGCGAUGGGAGUGCCUUUCGGAGCUGGUUGUACUGAUGGCCACGGGGCGAUGCUUUUUGAGCAAGGAGUCAAUAUGGACUUUGUCAAUGAAAAUCUUGAAGGAGAAAAUUGGGUGUGGUUCAAAAUUCGAGAUCUUUUGAUGAAUGUUCUGUCUACUAAUCCACCAGAUCCGUCAGAAUACGAGUGUCAUGGACAAAAAGCUGUUCUUCUCCCAACUGGUUGGGCAGAUAUCCCGUAUCUCUGGCACCCUCACGUGAUUGAACUCGGACUUUAUCGGAUUGGAGAGUUUUUCAUAAUUUCUGUUCCUGGCGAGUUUUCAACAAUGGCAGGAAGAAAGAUAAGAGAAGAUUUGAGGCAAGAAAUAAGAAAGCAUGUCGAUUUCGAUCCGUUUAUCGUCAUUGCUGGAUUGUCAAAUAUCUACACUCAUUACAUAACAACCGUUGAAGAGUACAAUGCUCAGCGAUAUGAAGCAGGGUCGGUGAUUUACGGCGAAAAAACUCUUCAAGCUUAUACCGAGGAAACCAUCUGCAUGGCCCGAGAAAUGCUCUCUGGCGAAACAUGCGGAAAUCCCACUGAUCCUCCUGCAGAGCCAAUUACCAAUCUCAUCGAAUGUCUUGAAAGACCGGGAGCUGAUCUUGACUACAGACAUGUUACAGAGGAAAGUAUCAUGUACGCCUCGCCCGGUACAAUUUUGAAACAACCAGAGGACUUGGUCUCGUUUUUUGCUGCCCAACAUGAGUACAGGAUCACUAUGGAGGUUGUCGGUGCUAAUCCUAGGAAUCUGAAAGGUGGCCAAGAUCAUUUUUGGAUUGAAAAUGCUGAUGAUGGAUCGAUUGCAUUUACCGGAAAUGACUGGGAAACGGAAUUCUUAUGGGACUGGGUGCCAAAAGAUCCUUCAACAAAUAUGACGAGGGAGAAAGAAAUGGAAGGCGAGGAAUUCGACAAGUUCGGCAUUUUCUCUGGAAUCAACAAUUUUUACGGCACUCUGACGGGAAGAAAAUUUGACUUCGAAAAGGCAAUUCUAGCGCAUCAAGAAGGAAAAGAAUUGAGUGAAAUCAUGGAAGAGAUCACUUAUCCAGUUGAUGAACAGCCAGGGGGGAUUUAUUGCCCGAGAGGCGGGGAAAAAUCUCAUGGAUCAUCGCUUGUGGCCAUUUCGCUCAUUCUCGACUCUGACAGGCGACCGGUGAAUUCGGGCAAUUACAGAAUGUGUUACAGAGGCAAUAAACGAGAUUAUCAGGACAAUCUUGAGUUCUUCGAAGUCUGCUCCCGAGAUUUUACUGUUUCUUAUGCCUAA